AUGGCUUCCUCCAGAUCAGUCACUGCAACUCUGCAGCGAAAUCUGCUGAGGCGAAAUCCUAUCCGAGCAUCGACACAGCUUCCUCGAAGCUUUCAAUCGACCUCAAGCUUCGUCCGCCCCCGCACAAGCUUGUCUCGAUCCCUUGGUCAGUUGAGGGCAUUCUCUGUCUCAACUCCCCGCAGAUUCGCAGAAGUCAAUGACGAUUUCGACCCUAAAUCAAUUGACCGAGAAAGUGACGAGGUUGAUGUAUGUAUUGUUGGUGGAGGUCCUGCUGGAUUGAGUGCGGCUAUACGAUUGAAGCAAUUGGCAAACGAGGCUGGCAAUGAGGAGUUCAGAGUUGUGCUGUUGGAAAAGGCGGGGGAAAUCGGGGCACAUAUCCUUUCUGGAGCGGUUAUUGAACCUACAGCAAUCAACGAAUUGAUCCCAGACUGGCUGACAGAAGAAAACGAAAACAGUUUUCAAGAUGUUACUCCUGCGACUAAAGACAAAAUGCGAUUCCUCACGAAAGGGAGCUCCAUCCCAAUACCUGCCCCUCCACAGAUGAACAAUCAUGGCAAUUACAUUGUUAGUUUGAACCACUUCACAAAAUGGCUUGGUGAGAGGGCAGAGGAGAUUGGAGUUGAGGUUUAUCCAGGAUUUGCUGCAUCCGAAGUGCUGUACAGGUCAGAUGGAUCGGUUCAGGGUGUUGCGACAAACGAUCUAGGCAUUUCAAGACAAGGCAAGCCUAAGGACAACUUUGAAAGGGGCAUGGAAUUCCACGCAAGAACUACACUUUUUGGAGAAGGUUGUCAUGGAAGUCUUACAAAACAAGUCAUCAAGAAAUUCGAUCUGCGAAAUGAGAGCCAGCCUCAAACAUACGGUCUCGGUCUAAAGGAAGUUUGGGAGGUACAGCCUGAGAAGUUUAAGAAGGGAGAAAUUGUCCAUUCAAUGGGCUACCCUUUACCAGCAGACACAUACGGCGGUGGAUGGAUGUACCAUUUUGGAGACAAUCUUGUCAGCAUCGGCUUGGUUGUCGGCCUCGAUUAUCCCAACCCAUGGCUUUCCCCGUACCAAGAGUUCCAAAAGAUGAAGCACCACCCACUGUAUAAGUCAGUUCUAGAAGGUGGAAAAUGCAUCUCCUACGGUGCACGAGCUCUUAACGAAGGAGGGUUUCAAUCGAUACCAAAGGUUGCUUUCCCAGGCGGUGCCCUGAUUGGCGACACAGCUGGCUUCCUCAAUGUUCCCAAGAUCAAGGGAACGCACACUGCGAUGAAGUCUGGCAUGCUUGCUGCAGAAGCCACCUGGAAUGCUCUCUCUAAUACGGACAGUGGAACCAUUUUCCUUUAUGAUUAUGAAGAGUCUCUGCGGAAAUCUUUCAUCUGGAAGGAACUGAAAGAGGUCCGAAAUAUGCGACCAUCUUUCCACAGUCCGUUGAAGCUCUACGGCGGAAUCAUGUAUUCCGGCCUCGAGGCAUACGUUCUUAAGGGCAAGGUCCCUUGGACGCUCAAUCACAAGGGCACAGAUGCAUCGGCGACGAAGACAGCAGACCAGUGCAAGAAAAUCGAAUAUGAGAAGCCAGAUGGCAAGAUCAGCUUUGAUAUCUUGACGAGCGUGAGCCGCACAGGCACAAAUCACGAGGAGGAUCAACCCGUACAUUUACAGGUCAAGGAUUGGGACAAACAUGCCGCGAUGGAAUGGCCAAAAUACAAAGGAAUAGAGAACCGCUUCUGCCCGGCAGGCGUGUAUGAGUACGUAGAAGAUGAGUCGAAGGAUAUUGGUGUGCGGUUCCAGAUCAAUGCCCAAAAGUAUGUGUCUUGUCCUACUUGA